AUCACGUAACAGGGAGCGCGGUAACUUCCACGAAAGAAGCGUCGAAUCUUUCGGUCCUAUAAAGAGCUUUACGGAAUUUAUUUAUGGCUGUCUUUAUUAAAUUUGUUCAUAAACAAUCUUCUAUAGAGUUCAAAUGGAGGAGGGCAGCGUUUUAAUGAAAGUUCUGCUCCUUCUCUCUUUUUCUCCUCUUUCAUUAUCAGACACACACUCUCUUCAGUAUCUCUUCACUGCAGUGACAGCAAGGAUAAAUUUCACUUCUGUUGGUCUGCUGGAUGGACAGCAGUUUCAGUAUUACGACAGUAACAUCAGGAAGAUGAUCCCAAAGACAGAGUGGAUGAAGAAGAUCAGUGUUGAUGAUCCAGAUUACUGGAAAAGCGAGAUGGAGAAGCAGCAGGAUGAACAGGACACCUUCAUAUUCCACCUGAUUUCUGUAAUGCAAAGUUUUAAACAGACUGAAGGAGUUCACACACUCCAGAGGAUGUACGUCUGUGAGCUCUAUGAUAACGGCACCACUAGAGGAUAUGAUCAGUUCGGUUAUGAUGGAGAAGAUUUCAUCACUCUGGACCUGAACACUGGAACCUGGACUGCAGAUAAACCUCAAGCUGUGAUCAUUAUAAAGGAGUGGGAUCCUACAGGAUAUGAGGCUAAGAAGCAGAAGAGCUACCUGGAGAAGGAGUGUAUUGAUUGGAUAAAGAAGUUUGUGUCUUACGGCAGAGAGACUCUGGAGAGGAAAGAUCCUCCUACACCAUCAGUGUUCCAGAAACACUCGCCUUCUCCAGAGGUGGUGUGUCACGCUACAGGUUUCUUCCCCAAAGAGGUGAUGAUCUCCUGGAGGAAGGACGGAGAGGACGUGAACGAGGACGUGGAGCUCAGAGAGACGUUACCCAACCAGGAUGGAAGCUUCCAGAAGAGAAGCAUUCUGAAAGUCCCAGCUGAGGAUCUGCAGAAACACACCUACACCUGCGUGAUUCAGCACAGCAGCUUGAAGGAGGAGUUAGUGCUGAAUGUGAACAUAAACAAUCAUAAAAAAUCUAUCUAUGAAGGAUCAGGUGGAGGAUCAAAUGGAGGAUCAGGUGGAGGAUCAGGUGGAGGAUCAGGUGGAGGACUCAUCGUUGGUGUGGUCAUGACUGUUGUUCUUGCUCUCGUUGUUUGUGCUGGAAUUAUGGUCUGGAGAUGGAGAAGAAGAAGAACAGGUGAGAGGAGGAAGGAGGCAGAUGUGGAGUUUUCAGAGAACAGAUAUAGAGAUGUUUCAAUUUCAGGAGACACUACGAGGAUGGAGAGUAUAUUUUAAAUAUUCUUAAACACAGUGUUUGUGGAAAAUAUAAAAAGAUAUCUAUUUUUCCUGCUUGUCUACUUUGUGGUUUAUUUUUUUUGUAUAAUAAACUCUGUAUAAUAAAGUAACUGUAAUUAUUUUAUUUCUUAAA